AUGCCGACAUCCUUGAACGGUGUGAAUUUUUUUAAUCCGACCGAAGAAGAAGAGGAACAGCACACAAGCGAUCCACAAUCCGCUUCGGUUGACGAAAAAGCGAUAUCGAAGCCUGUGUUAGAUCCACUCGAAAACCUGAAAAAUUGCUCUUUAACUCCUGCAAUUGGCAGUAAUUCCAAGGUUGGAGUAGAUAUCCAAGCACUGUUAUGCAAAUUAUUUGAAGAAAGAAUAGAUAGAUCUACAAUGAACAAAUCAGUUUCUCAAGAUCUACCAACUAUAAAGGGAGGCAAUCCAUCUGAAGCAUCAUCACAACCUUCUCAAAUUAAGAGUCCUCAGGUUAAAUCUUCGGCUUCAAGAGCAUCGCAAUCAUCAGGAGCAAUGUCUGAUGUCAAGAAGCGUGAACAGCUUCAAGCGAAAAAGGUUUCGAGCGAAGCCAAAGACGAAUCGACUGAUGUAGGCAACACAAAGGAGAAACUUGAUGAUCAUAAAUUGGUGAAAGAAACAGUGGUAAAAGUUGAUUCAACUAAACCGUUAUCCAAGCAGAAUGAGGUUAAUCUGGCUAGAUCGUCUUCCAUGUGCUUAUGUGAGGCAAAAGACAAAUACCUAGCGGAAGAGGACUGCGCGGAAGAGAGUUCCUACGCUGUUUACUCGGAUGUUACAAGUGCUUUCGCGCCAAUACCAAAGCAGAAGGAAUCCGGCUUCCUGAGUCCAUUACUAAAGGAGGACGAUACACAAAGCGAUUCGAAAAAGUUCACGAAAAAUCUCAAGAAAAGAACGAAGGCUGCCCUUAAAGAAUCAUUAUUCAAGAAGCUAAAACCACGGAAAAUUUAUAGACCUCUAUGGGAGAGAACUUUAUCACCAGGGCUAACACCAACAAGGUACCGGUUAUUUCCAAUACUAAUUCAGUCACGAUUUUGCACUUGUGAUCUGAUUGGAAUAUUUGGUGGAGCAUGUGCAUCAUUUUUGGCUGCGGGUCAUCCUUUGCUCCUGGCAACCAAAAGGUUACCACAUGUAGUUGUGAUGUUGGAACGUUGCCGCUUUUGGUUUUAUAUUUUCCUUAUCUCCAAGUUCAACAUGAGAUUAGGAUCCCCCACAAAUUCGUUCGACGUUAGCCAAAGAUGCAAAUGA